AUGUUGGUAUCUGUGAAGACAGGACAGACGUCAGGUCACAGCUGGGUCCUGGACGGUCUGAACCAGGAAGUGGUUGACCCCAGAAUAAAACCAACCAAUCAGCUUUCAUCUGUUCUCAGAAACAGACAAAAGGAGCUUCAGUAUGUGCAGGACUACAAACCUGCAAAACCUGACAUCCAGUACCUUCGAGUUCUGCUCUACGGACCUGUUGGAGCAGGAAAGUCCAGUUUCAUUGACUCUGUCGGCAGCAUCAUUCGAGAACGUAUGAGCAUUCCUGCUUUGGUCAGUUCAACCACCUCUGACASAAGCUUCACCAAGAAGUAUGAAACUCAUAAGUUCAUUAAAGGACAUGGAAGCUCCAGGACGUUCUACCCUCUGGUCUUCAAUGACAUCAUGGGUCUGGAGGAUGGGACAAACAGUGGGGUUCUUGCUGAGGACAUCCACCUGGCCUUGAAAGGUCAUAUCAAGGAAGGCUACAAGUUCAACCCAGUCUGCCCAGUUUCUGAAGGUGAUCCAGGCUACAACCCUGAUCCUUCUGCAGAUGACAGAGUUCAUGUUCUUGUCUGUGUGAUUUCUGCCAACUCUCCUCAAAUUAAUUCAUCAGUUCUGCAGAAGAUGAACAGCAUCAGAGAAAAGGCUAGUGACCUGGGAAUWCCCCAGAUGGCCAUUCUGACCAACAGUGAUGGGGCCUGUCCUGAAACAGAGAAAGACCUGAGGAAGGUGUACCGGAGCAAACACCUGAGGAAAAAGAUGAAAGACUUCAGCGCUGCAGUGGGAAUCCCCAUAAACUGUGUGUUUCCUGUGAAGAACUACAGCGAAGAGAUCGAGCUGAAGAACGACAUGGACAUCCUGAUCCUGAGCGCUCUGAGGAGAAUCAUCGACUUUGGAGAUGAUUUCAUUGAAAAAGUUUAAACUGUUUACAGAGAUGCAUGGGCUCUGUGGGGUGGAGGGUUCURUAAGGUAGAAGGGUUCUUCUAUAAGGUGGAGGGGUUCUGUGGUAAUUAAAGUGUAUCUUACCCCCCCUGUGAAAAGAUAACUCCGCCCCAAGGUGAAAUUUGAAAAAUGCAUCAA